CUUGCUCUACUUCCCAUUACAGGAAACACAGAACCCCCAAAAGUCCUUCACCUUCUCCUCAAUUCCCUGCUCCCUUUCCCUGCUUCUUCUCUCUUUACUUUCUUCUCUUCCCCACCUCGAGGAAGAGAAAGUUGAAUUGGUCAAGAAGGUAUGAAACAUCUCUGCUCCACUGACAACCUUCCCUCUCUCUUCACUCUCCUUCUCCAUGACUUGCUCUCACUUUCCUUUUUCUUGAUUUCUCACCCUCUUAUCUUAGCUUAUCUCCUUCUCCUCUCCCCUUACCUCCUCAAACUCCUCUUCUUCCUCUACCCCCUCCUCUUCUCCACCUUCCUUCUCCUCCUUGCCCUCCUCACUGUCACCUUUCAUCUCCAUGACUCUCCUGCUGCCUCCCCUGAAUUCCCUGUAACCACUUGCAGUGCAGUCCUCAACUUUCUCCGGGCUGAACUUGUUGCUGAUGAAGCCAAAUGUGGCUUAAUAGAGCAGAUCUGUUCGAUCGUUUUUGUCGAUUCCCAGCUCUGUUCCUACCAAAUGGAGCCAAACGAUGACUUUAGCUCAGGUAACCAAAUCAAUCAACCAGAAAGUUUUUCUCAAAACUGCAACCUUUUGGAAGAUGCCAAACAUAAAGAGGACAGAGCAGAUAAUUUGAGUGAGAAGACAGAGGAAAAGAAUUGCUCGGAUCACAAACAUCUUAAAGAGGAAGAAAGCAACGCCAAAACCAUUCUUCAAAGCCGAAAAGAACACAGCCGCAGACCAUCAGAGAUCCUUCAAAGAGAUGGCUCAAUGAGGAAGGACAAAGAGUGGAAGAGGACUCUGGCUUGCAAGCUCUUCGAGGAGAGGAUGACCUACAAGCUUUGUGAGGAGAGGAAGGUCGUUGAAGGCGCCGAGGAGAUGGAUUUGCUCUGGGAGGCUUAUGAGAUUGAUGCAGGGAAGUCUGAGAAGCUUAAUAGGAAGGAGAAGGAUACUAAGAAAGCAGUGCAGGCAAAAGUGAAAGAGGAAGAAGAAGAUGAUGAUGAUGAUGCAGAAGAAGGGAUAUCUGGGCAGCUUUGUUGCUUGCAGGCAUUGAAAUUGUCAGCCGGGAAGAUGAAUUUGGGAGUGGGGAGGCCAAGCUUGGUGAAGAUAUCCAUGGCUUUGAAGGGAAUGGCUGUGUUUCACAGAGCAGGAAGGAGGAAGAAAAACCACUAAAUGAUUGUUCUGCUUAGACGCUUAGCAAUUAAAAAUCGCCAUAGUGACAGAGGACAAAUCUCCAUGUUCAGUAUAGUAUGUUAAGAUGUAUAUGAUAUUACAAAUAAUUUCGAUCGUAUUGUCUUCGUUUAA